UAUGUAGGUAUGUAGGUAUGUAUGUACCUAUUCAAAACCUACCUGGGUAUUAUCUCGAAUAGAUGGACGUAACGGCUGUGCUGGCUUCCCAGUACGUAUAGUACGUAUACCUAUACGUAUACUCCUCAGCUUCUUUUAUUACAUGUAUGCCCGUAUUCCUCUUUUUUCUAACCUACUAUUUUCUCUUUCCCCCUUCAACUUUACCUUACACGUCAGUGCCAAGAAAAGUAGGGCGGUGCCGAACUUCAGUUUUAAUGGCGUGCAUGGGGGGCACAACUGCCAUGAGCUAGGAACCAUGAUCUGCUUUGCCUUUGCUUGCACCGCAUCACAAUUAGAAAAAAGUUGGUUUGGGUCCCAUUUUAUCAUACAUGCAGACAUGAUGCUCAUGCUUGUCAAAGCUCUUACCCAUGCGCCACAACAGGAGAGCUCGCGUUGUUUGUUUGCCCUACCAACUUCUGAUAGGAUAAUAGCUCCCUGUCAGGCAGUUCCAUCUUGGGCUGUCUUAUAUUUCCCAUCUCUUUAAGUGGAGGGGUUUGCUACGGUUGGACCGAUGUAUCGCGUGCGCUAUGCUUGAAUUCAGGGACUGGAUUGUUAAUAAAUCGGGCAGAGAGAACAGGGGAAAAUGAGAUGCCAAAAGAGGACAGCUACAUGUCAACUACAUGUGCAUACACACAUCAUGUACCUACAUAACAUAUAACAUACAUGCCCACUAUCUGCAGGAUACAAUUAUAUUGUAUGUACCGCUUUUUCCUUUUCUU